AUGGAUCUUAGUGAUUUGAUGGAUAAGGCUAUUAAGCUUGGUAUGAAAACUGCUGAAGCUGAGGAAUUUAUAGCAAAGCAACAGGGUAGAGAGGAUAGAGUAGCUGAAAGAGAGGAGAAAAAGUUUCAGUUAGAGUUGGCAGAAAAGGAGGAAAGGUUUCAGUUAGAGUUGGCAGAAAAGGAGAAAGAUAGGAUAUUUAAAUUGGAAUGUCUUAAGAGAGAAAGGGAGGAGAAGGAGGAAGACAGGAAACAUGAGUUAGCCAAAGCAGAGUUGAGAAAUAGUGGUGCUAUAGGUGGUGUAGGUAGCGAGGAUGUAAUAUCUUUGCCAAAAAUUCACCCCUUUGAUGAGAAAACUGAUGAAAUUGAUGUGUACAUGAAUAGAUUUGAGAAAUUAGCUGAAUUUCAUAAAUGGGAUCAGGAAGACUAUGGUAUUAUGUUAGGCACAUUAUUAAGGGGACGAGCUUUGAAAGUGUACUGUGGACUUGACCCUGCUAUUGCAAGUAAUUAUCAGGAAUUGAAGGCAGCCUUAUUGAAAGCGUUUCAGGUCAAUCCUCAGGUAUAUCGAAAGAAAUUUAGAGAAGGAUUUAUUGAAACUAAUGAAAGCUUUGUGCAGUAUUCAUAUAGACUAAGACAGAAUUUUGAUAAGUGGUUGCAAUUAGCUGAUGUUGAUAAAUCUUAUGAUGAUGUCUGUGAUUUUAUGAUUAUGGAUCAAUUGUUGGCUAAUAGUUCAAGGGAUUUGCGAACAUUUCAUUUAGAAAGGGUUUGUAAAAAUUCUCAUGAAAUGGCGUUAGCUGCUGGUAGGUAUCUGAUUGCUCACGGACUUAACAAAUGUAGAAAUUCUAAAUUUAAGUCUGAUAAAUGUUCAAAGUUAGGAAUGCAACCUAAAUCUGAUAAAGUAGGUGUUGAUAAUCUUAAAACAUUGCAGUGCCGCCUAUGUAAAGAAGUUGGGCAUAUUAAACCCAAUUGUCCAAAUAAUCCUGUCAAUUUUGCUUAG